UGCGCCUGCGCACUUGACUGAUGGUCUACGCGACGUACCUAAAAUCAUAUUGUGGAAAAUUUGAAGUUUGUUGUUUUAGUGACAACUUAUCCAUAAUUAUUUAUGAAAGCUUCGCGCUAAUUACCAUUCCAGGCGCGAGACAGAAUUAUUCUGUGACGGUCAGCCUGGAUGCGUUCAGUCACUAACAGUUCGAGCGGUGUACGGUAGCCAUCUUGGAUUCGAACAAAGCUUCAGAUGUGUAGUUUGUCUGUUUAUCAAUAAUUUUUGUGCAUUUUACUGUAAAUAGUUUGUAUGUUUAGGAUAUGUACGGAACGUUCGUCCACAUGUGUAAAUAGCUAUGGCUGCGACAAGAAAAUUACAAGGUGAAAUAGACAGGUGUUUAAAAAAGGUCACGGAGGGGGUGGAGACGUUUGAGGACAUCUGGCAAAAGGUACACAAUGCGACGAACAGUAAUCAAAAAGAAAAGUAUGAGGCGGAUCUCAAAAAGGAGAUUAAAAAGCUUCAGAGGCUACGAGAUCAGAUUAAGUCAUGGAUCGCCUCGGGCGAAAUUAAGGAUAAGAGUACACUUUUAGAAUAUAGGAAACUAAUAGAAACGCAAAUGGAAAGGUUCAAAGUUGUGGAACGGGAAACAAAAACGAAAGCAUACUCUAAAGAAGGGCUCGGUGCGGCGCAAAAGUUGGACCCUGCCCAGAAGGAACGAGAGGAAAUGUCAUCAUGGCUAAUAUCUUCAAUAGAUGCACUUAAUUUACAGAUUGAUCUUUUUGAGUCUGAAGUUGAGUCACUGUUAGUUGGUAAGAAGAAACGUCUGGACAAGGAGAAACAGGAUCGUAUGGAGGAACUCAAGCUCAAGUUGGAAAGGCACAGGUUCCACAUAAAGAAGCUAGAAACCUUACUCCGAAUGCUAGACAACAUGUCCGUAGAAGUGGAACAGAUGUUACAGAUAAAGAGAAUAAAAGAAGAUGUUGAGUACUACAUAGUAUCAUCGUUAGAGCCAGGGUACGAAGAGAAUGACUACAUCUACGAAGACAUUAAUGGCCUGGACGAGAUCGAGCUCAGUGGAGUGGGACUGCCCUCGUCGGCUACAACGGAUAGCAAUAAUAGUAACGAUUCACCCGGUUCACCCACCAGUAUACUCUCAGGAACGAGUCCCGUGACGUCACCAUCGCUAGACACACACAACCACACGACGGAUUCCAUAGACGUUGACAAAAAGAAAAAAGAAGAUAUUACAACUAAACCUAUCAAGCCGCUGCCGCUCCGUGCGGUGACGUGCGUCAGUCCGGCUAACGUUAGUUCCUUGCUCAAUAACUCCGCCGCAUCCAAUAGCAGUAUAAACAAUUCUGUGACGUCGGUGACUUCGCUGUCGGGGUCUUCGACGCCCAGCAAGCCCGCGCCGCCGUCCCCGCACCCCGCCCCGCCCGCGCCGCAUCCCGCCCAGACCCUGCCGCCGGCGACGCACCCCGCGCCCCACACACCCGCCUACCCCGUACCCAGGGUACCCGAGGUAUUGGAGAAUGGUCCCGUGUCGAGCGCUGUCCUUACUCAGCUGCCGGCGCACCCCGUUCUCGUACACGCGUCUCACCCAGUGUCUCACCCCGUGUCGCACCCUACAUCGCACCCCGUGUCUCAUCCUGUGUCACACCCUGUGUCACACCCCGUGUCACACCCUGCGCCGGCGCCAGCGCCGGUACCUACGUCAAAGAGUUCAUCUGUAACGACGUUGUCGUCGUCGACGGCGGUCGUCAACUCGUUGUCUCACAACGCGUCCGGAGCCCCGUCGCCCGCGCCGCCGGCGCCCUCGGCCUCUGCCCCCAUCCCCGCGACAGCGACCGCGCCCCCACCAGCGACCGCUCUCAACGGACCCACGCUGGCCGUAGCACAGGAACACACGCAGUAUGUUAACAAUGUGAGGGCGCUGUCUCCGCCGGCGGUGAGCGGGAACACUACCGCCAACAGCAUGGACAGCGGCGUCACAGGAACCGCCUCGCUGAAGAGCAUGGCCCAGGAGGCCGUGCAGAGAGCGGGGCUCGACCACCACCACACGCAGGCGACGGGUACAGUCGGCUCGCUAACAGGAGGCACGGGCGCCAGGCGAGGCACAGCACUCUCCCAGGCGCUCAUUCCGCCCAUACUGGGAGUGGCGCCGCUGGGACCACUGCCACUUAAUAAUGACCACCAGGUGCAGUUCCAGAUGAUGGAGGCGGCGUUCUACCACAUGCCGCAUCCAUCAGACUCGGAGCGCACCCGAGUCUACCUGCCCAGGAAUAUUUGUCAGACACCGUUAUAUUACAAUCAGGUGUUACUACCCCACUCAGACUCAGUAGAGUUCUUCCAGCGGUUGUCGACAGAGACGCUGUUCUUCGUGUUCUACUACAUGGAGGGGACCAAGGCGCAGUACCUGGCGGCAAAAGCGCUCAAGAAGCAGAGCUGGCGCUUCCACACCAAGUACAUGAUGUGGUUCCAGAGACACGAGGAGCCCAAGGUUAUCAAUGAGGAAUACGAACAGGGCACAUACAUUUACUUCGACUACGAGAAGUGGGGCCAGCGGAAAAAAGAAGGCUUCACGUUCGAGUACAAGUACUUAGAAGACCGCGACCUGAACUGAGCGCGCUCGCCCCGUGCCCCCGGCCCCCGAGGCUCCGCCGCCCGCCGGCCCCGCGGGCCCCCGCCAGCCGCCAGCCGCCAGCCGCCCGGCGGCCCCAGGCCCCGGCAGGUCGCCGAACAUUUCUCCGUCAUUCCGUUACCGAGUAUUAUAUUUAUGGACGGUUCAUAUAAUCUCUGUGAUGAUUGGUGAACUGCGCCCGCUUUAAUCGUGUAAGACUACUCAGCGACGGCCGCGGGCUCCUUUUGUAUCAUAAUUUCACUCUUCUGGCAGAGGAAUAACGAAUUUGUUAGCGAAAGAUAUCAUGUGAUGCGAUAAGUUUAGUGAACAUUGUGAUAUCGGUAUAGGCACCCGCAGCGCGCUCCGACCACCCGCGGGCCGCUCCCCGCUGUCUGUUGGACUCGACGGAGCGUCAGGCAGCGUCAUGAAUCAUGUUUUAUAUGGAAUCUCAAUUUUAUAAGAUUUUAUAAACGUCAUGGAUAUAUCGGAUGUGAACGUCGGCUAGGAAAAAUACAUCGAAUGUACAAAUGUAAGACAUAUUUUGUAUGAAGACACUUCACAGCCCGCACCCGUCGGGGGGCGAUGGUGUGUUACAUAGACUAAGAGUCCAAUAAAACGAUGCUAGUCAUAGUAUUCGAACGGGGCGGGGCGGCGAGCGCGGGCCGCGGGGGGUCCGAUGGCGCUGCGGGGGAUUUGUUUUAAACUUAUGUAGCGACUGGAAUUAGAUUGGAAUUAUAUUAAGAGCCGGCCGGCGAGUACCGCCCGCGACCCGGGAGACCCGGUGGUGUUGACGUCCGUCUGUUGGACCUUUUGUAUUUAGAUGUUACCCUUUGUCACUUCCCUGAUAUGUGAACUCGUUCCGAAGUAUGGUAUAACAGGUUACUCGAGGUUGUACGGCUAUGUUUAAGUGCCUAAAUGUCUUCCUAGAAGGAAACUGGAUCGGUUCUCACCUAACCUGUCGCUUUUAUGGUCUCUCUACUACAUCACCCGGGGUACUCGCCCGUCGGCACCGUCGAUAGCUAGGACAUCUCCAGGAUGAUGUUACCGAUAUACUUUUUCACCUCCGACACUACCUUAGCAUAAAAAUUAUUGUAAAUCUAUUAUUUAGUGCAUUUAAAUUGAACAAAAUUCGUAGAAGAACUAUUCGAGCGUGUACAUAAUCACUGCCAUGUGUAUUUUAUUUAUAAAUAUAGUGUAUCGGAAAAAGUAAAUAGGAUUGCUGGGAUCGUACUUAUUUAUUUGUGAUAUUAACUUGUAUAGAGCGAGGUGAAAGAGUAUAUGUCUGCAUGUCUACGGAAUAGAGCUGCCAGAUGGUGCGAGCCGCCGAUCCGAUACAAGUGAAAUAUUCCUAUUGUGGGAGCAGAGAGGGUGACUGGAGGCGGCGCGGCGGGAGCGCGUGUGCUCGAGCUCGAGCCGGCGUGGCGCGAAUCGGCCGCGCCCGAGCUCGAGCACACGCGGCGAGGCGCCGCUGGGGACGGGCGGUCGAGCGGUGAACGGCGAGAGCGCGUGAUCUCCUUAUUCCGUGCGUGGUGUUGAUAGUUUUCAUUUUUGUAAAAAGUCUAUCGUGAGAGAACAUGAAAUGAGGUAAAUAAUAAUUUAAAAAAAUAUCUGUACAGUUCUAUUUGUAUAGAAAUAAUAAAUAACGAUUAAACAUUAAAAAACAUGUUGUGAUUUCUUCUUAACGGUUAGUCUGUAAGAGCGUCGGUUUAGGGCGUCGCCUCGUUUUGGGGCGGGCGCGUUUUAUCGCAUUUCUUUUUAUUUAUUUUUUUAUUUGAAAGAGAUGACUGUUUACUUUGUAGAAUAAAUUGUAAGAAAGCAUUGAAA